AUGUCUCAACGUCAACACUUGCAAAAUUUUUGCAAUCCUUCUGAAAACUUCACACAAAUCAGCUCCUACGAAACAAACCGCGACACACUACUCGCCUCUCUCCGCGAUAGUUCCUCUCUCGGAACCUAUUCCAACGCCACAAUCGGUCUUACUCCCGACUUUGUCUACGGCAUUUUCCUCUGUAGAGGAGACACACUUGGAACAGCAAUAUCUUGCGCAGACUGUAUCCAAACCGCAACGAUCGAGAUCGCUACAAACUGUAGUCUCAACAAAGCAGCGAUUAUAUACUACCAAAAGUGUAUGGUUCGAUACUCCAGUUUUCCAUUCUUCACACUCAUGGAAACCUAUACACGCAUCGGUCUUACUCACAAUAAGCCGGCUCCAAACUUGUAUCGGUUCAAUCAAACUCUGUUUGAUAAAUUCGACCAACUGAUUCUCAACGUAUCGUCGUCCUCUCCAAUUCCAUAUUUCGUAGAGGAUCAAGAACUUGUGACUCAACCAGAAGGUUCUUAUGAGUUAGAGUCAAUGGUUCAGUGUAGUCCUGAUCUUGAUCUAUCAAACUGCACCGUUUGCCUCAGAGAUGCGUUAUUUAGAAUUUCAAUUUGUUGCAGUUCACCAAGUAUAGCUCAGGUCUUUACUCCUAAAUGUAUUUUGUGGUAUAAAACCACGGUUUCACCAUCGCCAUCCGUCUCCUCUAUUUCUGCCGCCUCAACCGUCGCGGCCUCUUUCUUUAUCGCAGCCACCGCAACCGAAUAUUCCUAG